AUGGAGGCAGCAUCCCGUUUCGCCACCCUGCUCCUCCUCUCCACCUACCUCGCCUCCCUCUUCCUUGUCUUCCCAUCUUCCUCCGCGGCGCCGCCACCAAGCUCUACGCCCCUCUUUCCCAGCGAUGCGCUUCCCACUCUCUCCGGCUACCUUCCCGUCGGCGCCGCUUCCCGCUCCGCCAUGUACUUCGCCUACUACGAGGCCCGGCAGCCGGAGGUGCCCCUCCCCCGCACCCCUCUCCUCGUCUGGCUCCAGGGCGGCCCCGGCUGCUCCUCCAUGGUCGGCAACUUCUUAGAGCUCGGCCCCUGGCUGGUCGCCAACUCCACCACUGGACCCUUUCUGGUCCCCAAUCCUUACUCCUGGAACCGCCUCUUCGGCCUGCUCUUCCUGGACAACCCGAUCGGGACCGGCUUCAGCAUCGCAGCUGCACCGGUAGAGAUCCCUAGGAACCAGACCACCGUCUCUGAGCACCUGUGGAUCGCCCUCCAAGGAUUCUUCUCUUCCAAUCCCUCCUUCCGAUCCCGCCCCCUCUACCUCACCGGCGAGAGCUACGCCGGGAAGUACGUUCCCUCCGCCGGCUACUACAUCUCGCAGCGGAACGCCCGCACCGCCGCGGACCGCCGGAUCAACCUCGCCGGCGUUGCGAUCGGGAAUGGUCUCACCCACCCCGUCGCCCAGGUGGCGACCCACGCCGACAGCGCCUUCUUCUCCGGCCUAAUCAACGAGCCGCAGAAGACCCAUCUCGAGAAGCUCCAGAGCGAGGCGGUGAGUCUAACGGUGGCGGAGAAGUGGGCUGCGGCCCACGACGCGAGGAAAGAGGUCCUGAAAUAUCUGCAGGAUUCGACCGGUCUCGCCACCCUCUACGACCUCACGAAGAAGAAGCCCUACCCGACGGACCUCGUCGGCAUAUUCCUGGCCCAAGAGCACGUCAAGGCGGCGCUAGGCGUGGCGGAGGGGGCCACCUGGGAGGAGUGCAGCGGCGUCGUCGCCGAGGCCUUCCAUGAGGACGUGAUGAAAAGCGCGAAGGCAGCGGUGGAAGGCCUGCUGCAACAGGGGAAGGUCAAGGUGCUGCUGUACCAGGGGCUGUUCGAUCUCAGGGACGGGGUCCUGUCGACGGAGGCCUGGCUGAAGAAGACCCAGUGGGCCGAACUGCGGAGCUUCUUGGCGGCGGAGCGGAGGGUGUGGCGGGUGGCGGGAGGGGACCUGGCGGGCUACGUGCAGAAGUACGGGACGCUCAGCCACGUCGUGGUCGCCGGCGCCGGUCACCUGGUUCCGGCAGACCAGGGGAUGACCUCGCAGCAGAUGAUCGAAGGCUGGGUGAUGGGGAAUAGCCAGUUCAGUGCUCAAAGGAAGGGCCGUCACCUCGGAGAUGUGUGGGCUCAGCAGCACGUAGAUCAAGAUGCCUCUUUUUAG